CUAAAGCUCCCUGGUGUGCGCCUCAGCUCCAGUCCAGUGAAGGAGCCGCGGUGCAUCUCUGCUCGUCCAGCAGCGGUCAUGUCCACCUCUGACAGGGUUGUGUUGGUUCUGGGAGGAGCGGGGACCGUGGGUUCUGGCAUAGUCAAAGCCCUGCUGGACAAAGGUUUUAAAGUUGCAGUGAUCUCCAGAGACGCCAGCAGACUGGACAGACUGCGGACCUUCGUCUCUCCCAACACUCAGCAGAACCUCAUCACUGUGGUGGGAAACGUGGGCUCAGAGGAUGGAGCAGAAGAGGCCAAGCAGGCCCUGCUGGAGCAGGUGGGGAAGGUGACCGACAUCGUUUCUUCUCUGGGCUUCAGCUGGUGGCAGGGCGGCCCCCCCCACACCCAGACCCUCAAAGACCUGCACUGGGUAAUCGAGACGUUGCUCUUCAGCACCUUUGUUUCCUGGAAGGCGUUCUUCCCGUUGGUGAGGGACACCGCCGAGUCCAGCUACACCGUCAUCACAGGAGGAGCUGGAGAGAAGCUGCUGAUGCCAGGGACGGGCUUCCUGACGGUGGGAGCAGCCAGCGCUCUAGCUUUCUGCCAGGUGCUGCGAGAGGAAUACCCUGAGGUGCCCUGCAAACUCAACCAGGUGAAGAUCAACACAGGUGUGGCGACUCCAGAGCGCAUGGCACCUGGCUACCUGAAUCACCUGGACCUGGGCGAGGCCGUGGCAGCGCUGGUGGAAAGAGGAAGCUCCUCCCACACCGUGUUCGCUGUCAGCAGCCCUGCAGACCUAAAGACUGUCCUCCUGGAGGGGAACCUUUAGAGAACCUGCAGCAACUCCUGUUUGCCAGCAUGUUCCAGCAGCUUUGCUUGUUUCAUGGGUUCUGCAUGGGUUCUGUAAUGUCCUGCUUGUUCAAAGAUGAUCAACUCAUACUUUUGCAUGUAUUGUAGUUUUAAAGGUAAAAUAAGAAGACAGUUUUAAAUGUUUCCAUGUGGACAUCCACAGCAAACACACCCUCAGCAUGGUGCAUUUCUGCACAUUAUUGGAAACCUGGAGCUAGAGCAGAGGAACCAACAGCAGAACCAACAUGUUUGAUAAGAAGUUUACCGACACUCUCCACAGGGACAGGCGUCAUUUAUUUAGAGCUUUUAAAAACUAAUUUACACUCAUGAUAAAAUGAUUCUGCUGCAAAGAUAAUAAAGAAACAUUGAAACUGUA